AGAAGAAGAAGAAGACGAAGAAGAAGAGAGACGAACACAAAUUAGGGCGCUCAUAAGCAUCACUUACUUUAUUUAUCCUGAACUUCUAAGAAAUUUCUGACGAAUACAGAGGAAAUCAUUGUGGAGAACCUGCAUCAAUACGAAACUGGCUCCUCCGCUGCCUGUGACGAUGCCUGCUCUGCUGGAGAGACCAAAGCUGUCCAACGCGAUGGCCAGAGCCCUGCAUAAGCAUAUCAUGAAAGAGAGAGAAAGGAGAAGACAAGAAGAGGAAGAAGUGGAUAAGAUGAUGGAACAAAAAUUAAAAGAGGAGGAAGAAAGGAAACGAAAUAAAGAAAUGGAGGAACGAAUGUCUUUGGAAGAAACUAAAGAACAGGUUCAGAAAAUGGGGGAAAAAUUGCAGGUUUUGCAAGAGGAGAAACAUCAACUCUUCUUACAGCUUAAAAAAGUGCUUCAUGAGGAGGAAAAGCGUCGAAGAAAGGAGCAAAGUGAUAUUACAACACUGGCCUCAGCUAGUUACCAGCCCAGCUUACCUCUGCACUCGGGACAGCAUCUACUCAGCAUGCAAGGCAGUCCAGUGAGUCACAGUAGAGCUAGUGCUCUUUUAGGGGAGCGCAGUAAACAGCUGUUUCAGACACCUCUGAUGCCUGGCCAUCACUUCAGCCAGCCAUGCUUUCCCCCCGGUUCCUCUGAGCAUGGGCAGUUCUCAAACAGUGCUGUCCAUGAGCCAUUUGCCGUCAGUCAGGCCCAGCAUCACACGUCUUAUGGACCUGCUGCUUCGGUGCCCAUCAGUUUUACAGGCAACACGCAGAUAAGAGGGGCAUCACCAUUCCAGAGCAUGCCGUUCCUGCCUCAAGGUUAUGCUGUCCACAGCCAUUUCACUACCCAGACAGGAUUCAUCCCUAGUGCUAGCAUCCCCCUCCAGAAACAGCUUGAACAUGCCAACCAGCAGUCUGGCUUUACUGACUCUGCUGCUCUAAGACCCAUCCAUCCACAGGCUUUACAUGUGAGUGCGUCUGGUCUAAUAUCCGCUCCAUCCAUGACGGUCCAGAUUCCUGCUGCCAAGGCUCCAUUCCAGAACUCAUCUCAACCAGCAUCACGGCAUGCUUUCCUCCCUCACACUGGACAGAGAUUCUUCCAUCACGGAAAACCUCAUUAACUUCUAAAAGUAUGAUCUUGACAAGGUAUCAGGCUACUGAAAACUUUUUUUUUUUUUUUUUUUGGCUCACUUCAGAGCUGAAAUCCACCUCAUUUAAUUUUUCCCCCCCGACAUUGUAAUAAAAGUCCCAAUGCAGCUAAUAUUGCUGGUUUAUAAACAUUGUUGAUAAUAAAUGAUACAGAAUGGUCUUAUACUUGGUUUUCUGGAGGAAAAAAGCAAAACAAGUGCUACUUUGUCAAAGAACUGACGUAAAAGCCAGAGUUUGAGCAAGCUGUAAUCUCCCUGCAGGAUCCAUUUGUUCAAAUCUGGAUAAAAUAUCACUAUGCCUGUGUAUUUUAACUUAAAGUUUAAAGUGUUAAUAAUGCAAAUAAGAUUAUCCCACAUUACAUAAAUACUUUAAGUUUGUCUUUUAAUGCCUUUUUCUAUCUUGUCAGUAUUACAACACCAGAAUGCAUCACAAACAGAAAUAAAGACAUGAUUUAUAUGUGCUCUUUUUAA